CCGGCGUGUGCCAGGAGCCCGCCGGUGCCGCAGGAGGAGCAGGAAGCGCCCGGGCGAAUCCAGCCGCGCUAUCACAUGACUCAGCAGCCGCUGCCGCCGGGCUGAGUUCACCCAGCGCCGCGCCGGGAGGGGGAAACCUGCGAUGAGGCCUCGGCCCCGCGGCUGCCCCUGAGCCCGCCGUCCCCCCGCCCGGCUCCGCGCGGCCCGGCGCCCCCAUUGCGGGAGCGCGGCGGGGACUGCCGGAGCCGCCUCCGCUGCGCUGCCCGCCGGCGCGCCCCGCUCCCCGCCCUGCGCGGCGGCCCCGGCGCUGCCGCCGCCGCCGGCGGGGGUACUAUGCUCACGCGGGUGAAGUCCGCCGUGGCCAAUUUCAUGGGCGGCAUCAUGGCUGGCAGUGCGGGCGCCGACCACGGCAGCGGCGCGGACUUGCCCCUCCGCUUCCCUUACGGGAGACCCGAGUUCCUGGGACUGUCCCCGGACGAGGUGGAGUGCUCCGCCGACCACAUCGCCCGCCCCAUCCUCAUCCUCAGCAAGGACACGCGGCGCCUGCCCUGGACCACGGGCUACGCGGAGGUAAUAAAUGCAGGGAAGAGCACGCACAAUGAAGAUCAAGCCAGCUGUGAAGUCCUCUUUGUCAAGAAAAAAGCUGGAGGCAGUAAUUCUACACCAAACAAGAACUCUUCAACAAAACGAAGGUCAUCGCUGCCCAAUGGAGAAGGUCUCCAGCUGAAAGACAAUUCAGACUCAGAUGGAAUCAGCCUGUACUACUGGUCCUUGUUUGAUGGACACGCUGGGUCGGGGGCAGCUGUGGUCGCUUCCAAACUGCUGCAGCACCAUAUCCUGGAGCAGCUUCAGGAGAUUGUGGACAUCCUGAGGAACACAGCUGUCCUCCCGCCCACCUGCCUGGGAGAGGAGCCUGACAACCCGUCCACCAACAGCAGGACACUGACACGGGCGGCCUCCCUGCGUGGUGGUGUGGGAGCCCCAGGCUCACCCAGCACCCCUCCAACACGCUUCUUCACUGAGAAGAAGAUCCCACAUGAGUGCCUGGUUAUUGGGGCCAUAGAAAGUGCAUUCAAGGAAAUGGAUUUGCAAAUAGAGCGCGAGAGGACCGUGUAUAACAUUUCUGGUGGAUGCACAGCCCUAGUGGUGGUGUAUUUAUUGGGGAAGCUUUACGUGGCAAAUGCUGGUGAUAGCAGGGCUAUAAUAAUCCGAAAUGGUGAAGUCAUUCCAAUGUCUUCAGAAUUCACUCCAGAGACUGAACGCCAGCGACUUCAGUAUCUGGCUUACAUGCAGCCCCACUUGCUGGGAAAUGAAUUCACACAUUUAGAGUUUCCACGGAGGGUGCAACGCAAGGAAGUUGGAAAGAGGAUGCUCUACCGUGACUUCAACAUGACUGGCUGGGCAUACAAAACCAUUGAGGAAGAUGACUUGAAGUUUCCCCUUAUAUAUGGAGAAGGCAAGAAGGCUCGGGUUAUGGCAACAAUUGGAGUGACCCGAGGACUGGGAGACCAUGACCUGAAAGUGCACGACUCAAAUAUAUACAUCAAACCUUUCCUGUCCUCAUCUCCUGAGGUGAGAGUCUAUGACCUCCUGCAGUAUGAGCAUGGGCCAGAUGAUGUUCUGAUCCUAGCUACUGAUGGACUCUGGGAUGUGCUGUUAAAUGAAGAAGUAGCAGAAGCCAUCACUAACUUCCUACCAAACUGUGACCCUGAUGAUCCCCACAGGUACACGYUGGCAGCGCAGGACCUGGUGAUGCGAGCCAGGGGAGUGCUGAAGGACCGGGGCUGGCGGAUAUCCAAUGACAGGCUGGGCUCUGGAGACGACAUCUCUGUCUACGUCAUCCCUUUGAUACACGGGAACAAACAGUCAUGAAAGGAGCAUCAAGAGUGGUUAUAGGAUGGGCAUCUUUUUGGGAAUGGCCUGUAAGAGACAAUAUGUUUUUGGUGGUCCGACCAGGACACUUCCAAUUAAUGUUAUGUAGUCAAAACUAAUGCUGGAGGGGUAUUUUUCUGCCCAAAAGGUAGGGCUCUGCACAUAUACUGUAUAUGAUUAAAGAUAACCCUUAAGAUUCCAAUUUCCCUACAGAAAUGGUUUUGGUGCUUAACAGGAAUGGGAUUUAAAUGCUGCUAGCAUAUUAUGGAUUCUGUCAUCCCUUUAGGUGGGGUGGGCAAUUAAUUUUUUUCUCAGUUUACCAUGUAGCUUAGAAAAGCCAUUUCAGUUGUGAAAGUAGAAAUGGGCAUCAGAAGCCAAGGUGGCUCCUGAAAUCUAUCCCCAAAUAUUCCGAAGGGGGCUUGGGUCACAUCUCAUUUAAGAAUAUAUAUAUAUAUGUAUACAUAUAUGAGACUCAAGAGGUUUCUUCUUUAAAAAAAUUGUAUUCAUGACAUCUAUGGACAAUUUCAAACUUGUGUAAUCCUUUGAGCCCCCAUUUUCCUCCCUGUCUCUUCUUCAGUAGACUAUACCUCCUGUAUUUUAGUAGGAAAACUGAAAUUGGUUUCAGUGUGACUAUGCCUGUUUACUGCAGCUAAAAGAGUCACCUAAAAAUUGCCCAGGAGAAAUAGGUCACAGUCCGGUAUGGCAGAAUUUAUUCUGGUGUGAGGAGUUAUUUGUCAAGAUUCCUUGUUGUGUGUAUACCAUGAUUAUACAGAGCAUGCAAACUCAGCUUUAUGUGAUGUUUACCUGGAGGCUGUGGUUUCUUUGGGAUCAGAGAUUUACAUUCAUUGAAUGGUUCUGCCUGCUUUAUCCUGUUGAAAGGAUCCCUGACCAUAAAUUUUUUGCAUCAGUAGAGAUUUAGUAAAUUUUUUUGGGCCCCUGAGUGUAUUUUCAGUUGGACUUCUACUUGAAGUAGUGGUAUUGUUCUCAUUUGCAAUUUGGAUACCCACACAUUACCUAUUUCAAAGGUGUUUCACUUCUUCCUGCCUCACUUAUUAUUCAGUUUACCCUCACCUGCUUGACUUUGGUGAUCAGAAAGGGACAGCUUAUAACUUUCUGUCCUCUUGGCAUUGAGAACUGUAGUCAAGGAUCACAAGAUGACUGUGAUAGAUACAAGCCCUUGGCUUGCUUCAGCAGCUCUUUUCUUAGCAGUGAUAAAUCAAUUUAAAUAAAGAAAAUUCRUGUAAAAUGUUAUUGAAAACAGUAAUUCAGGAGAGAAACAAGUGAGAAAGUUUGCAGUGUAACCUGGUUGCCUAGUCCACACAGGACUGAGCCUGCAGCUCCCUUACUUCAUUGGCAGGAAUUUAAGAGAAAACAAAAUCAGAAAGUUCUAGCAUACAAGCAGGUAUAUUGGCUGGGGAGCCAACUUCCACCUGAUUUGCACCUAGCCCACAAUGGUGUGGAGCUGUUCAUCUGGUUUGUACUUCUUUGACAGGAAAAAAGACAGGGAUAUAAUUGUAGGGCACUGACUAGGGAGCUCACAAAUGUUGUGUCCUGUCCAAGAGAGAUGCUGUGCCCUUUGUAGACUUUCUCCUGAAGAGGCGUGGCCUAGAGCUUGCCAGUCCUGUAAUUUAUGAUGUGCUGUGCAAACACGAUGCAGCCCAAGUGGGGUGCAGCUGCCCAGAUGCUGUAUUAGACUGCAUCCAGAAGUACAGUUUGGUGGACUGAAACUACUCUUGCUUCAAAUGUCUAGACCCAGAAGAGUUUCAAGAUGAAAGCAGGCUAUGUGGAGACUGGAACAGUUCAAACAUUGCAGCAAGCUGCAUGAUUUUGGCCUGAAAACUGUUCCAUGAGUUCCCCAGUGCCUCAUGUGAUAAAGCUGUAUAGAACRUGGAUGUUUUCUAUUCUAGAACUUCAGUAUAAAUCAAUGGCAUAUCUGAUUAUGUGUUUUCAUGCUUUAUCUUUCCUUUUUUUUUUCUUCUCUUUACUUUUUCUAUGUGCAUCUGGGUGAAAAGAGAGGCUUGGAGUCUAGAAUAUUUUUCAUAUGGCCCCUCAUAUGUUUUAAAGUUUAAGCAAGAGAUCUUUCCUUGCACUUUUCUUUUGGCCUAAUAAACUUGUAAACAUGCUUUUCAUGCUCUGUGUAACUCCUGUUGUCUCUUCGCAAAUGCACUGUGUAGUCCUCUAGCAAUUCAGAUCCUCUUUCACAAAGAAAUUAGUGCWGGCAAAUCUGGUGAAAUCAUCUGAACAGCAAAGAUGCUGGUGCUUGCUGGUACCAACUACAAGGCCAAAUCAAAUAUUUCAGUGCUCAUGCACUGUCUUUGUUAUUUGGUAACAUGGUGUCAACACACAUACCAGUUGCUAUAAAACCACUGAGUGCGAUGUGGUGGAAAUGGAUUUCCAGUGCACAAUUUGCCAAAAUUUGAAAACUUCAAGGUAAUGGAAAAGGCACCUUCUCAUUUAGGGGUGUUUUUAAAUGCACUCCUGAAGAGAUAGGUUAGAAUGUGUGAUUUGGUGGGAGUAAAAUGGCAGGUGACUUCUCAGAACAUGAUCUUUGGGCUGGUGAAUCGGCCUGCACAGUGCUUGCUGUUCAUCUGAGGCAUUGCCAGUGGUCAGCAGCUUCUCUGCAGUUACUGGGCCCAGGUUGAAUUACAUUCACUGUCAGCUUCUGUCCCAGAAAGGGCAGAAAUACAGUAUCAACAACUAAUGUCAAUUAACAAAUUCUGAGAACUUUCAUAAAAGGUUUUUUACUCAGAUGUAUGUGACUGAAACCAUGCUGUGAUGAUUUUUGUUUUGCUUUUUUGCAGAGUAUCUGUUACACAUUUAGGAGCUUGUCUCCCUGGAGUGUCUGGCACAUCUCUGAUCCAUGCAUUCGGACUUGGGCUUUCACUUUUAUCUGCUUUGCAUCCCUAAGCUGGGGUCAUGGUCUGCUUCAAGGCAUGGUAUAAAUAAAUGUACGCACCUAAGGCUCACAGCAAUUGCAGGCGGGAGUCACUUAUUGGGGACGUGUUCUGUGAAAAGCAAGAAUAAUUAAAAGCACUUCCAAUUUCCUUUAAAGGCUGAAUUACUUUGUGAGUCAUAAAAUUAGAAAACACUAAUGGCAGGGAGGAUCCAUGGUGCACAAUGCCAUUUUUUGGAUAGGUGCAGGAUGAAUAUUGCUGUGUUCAGACUUGCAGCUGCUUUAAGGCUCAGUGAAGCUCCCAAGUUAGCAGCAGACAGCUUGUGUCCUCAAACUGAAGCAAGUUAGGCACCAAGUCCAAAUUUUAGAUCCUUGGCAUGUCAUCUUAGUUACUGCCUGAUGCUGGCUGUGCUCUGGGUUUUGCUAGUCAAGUUCCCUUAGUAUCCAAACKUGUUUCAGCCUCAGCAGCAAGCAGCCUCAGUCCUGAGUUACAUCUGAAUUUAUAUUGCUAUUGCACUGCUAUUGCACAGUGCUUUGCCUUGCCUGUGCAUAUGCACUGCUUAGAAAGUUGGGAAAAUUCUUGUCCUUCCUUGGGUAAUGGCAAGGUAAGGCACUAGUAAUGGAGUUCCAGUUAGCUGCAGUAACACUGUCUUCUGGUGCCUCGUUCUAGAAACUCAGAACCAUGAAACUUCUACCAUUCUCCUAGAAAUAYUGUUGCUGAAAGUAGAACAGUCAUGUCAGACAUUUUUCUCUUGCACUACAGCCUAAAAUUUUCUUUGUUUAAUUUGAUGAAGAAGUUGAUUAGAGAUUUAAUUUGCACCUGGUUAUGUAAGGCACUCAACCAUCUUUUGGUGCAUUAAGACAAUAAUCCUUCCUUCAUAAAUACAAGUGUAUUGUGUGAGAGGGCUGCUAUUUAGUGUCCUCACACUGGAAAAUUUUUUUAAUACUAAAAACAACAGAGCUAAAAGGCUAAAGAACAAAGUGGUCGGAAUCUGCUUUAAGCUGUAGAUUUCCAUUUACAGAUAUUUCCAUGUUAAAAUAUGACAAGRGAAGUUUGUGAGGUACUGUCAACUCUGUCCCUUCAGGAUGUGUCUGAAGAAUGUUCUUGAUGUUUGGGUAGAUUUUGGCUCUGAACUUCUCCUAGGUUUUUAAAGAACACUACAUGCUUUGAGCAACUCUGCUGUGUUUCUUCCAGCCUUGGUGUUUCCCUUUUAUUUUACAUUUUAUGUACAAAUACUUUCAGCAUUUUUCUAUCAAGCAAACUGUAUGGAAUUGUUGUUGUUCCCAACAUUUUAUGUGUAAAUUGUUUUUCUCAUGGUGUUUUAGAUGAAGACUCAAUAAUAUGGCUACCAUAGAGUGACCAAAUGAUGCUCUAACUGUGCUGCUGUAUUUCUACCUGUGAUGAUAUACUUGAAGGAGGAUGCCUUGCUCCACUUCCAUGCUCAUUCCGGGUGUUUUUUUAAUCCAUUGCUGUAUGUGUUCUUUCAUAGGUAUCUUAUUUUGAUUUUUUUAAUACCUGCCACAUUUUUCUUCCCUUCAAUGGGCACUUCAUCUUAAUAUCUUAAUUUGAGAUCUGUACAACUGUCUGGGGUUUAUAUGUCCUGAAGAAAGGAGGACCUGCUGGAGGAAGGUGUUUUGGACCAAUGUACUUCUGCUUUGUGACUGUGAAAUGUUAAUCUUUUUGUAACCUAAGAACAAAAAAUGUUUAGUAAAGGGAUAUAUUUUGUGUUUUUUGAAACUUUUCAGUGCAAUGAGCAAAAGAGGAGGAUACUGAAGAAGUGUAUGUGCAAAGUUUUAAAAUAAAAUUUUAAAUUAUAUAUUGU